GCAACAACACACGAAAACACGAUAAUAAAUGCCACCCUCGCUGUUUCCAAACCCAGUAUUAAAUGCAGCAGCAGCCUCUACCCACCUUUCAUCUUCUCCUUUUUCCCUACCCCCUUUCCCUUUUCCUUCCCCCUAAUGGAUCCUAAUCAUCUUCCCUUCAAAUGUCCACCCCUUCCCCUAACUAUCUCACUAACUUAGGCCUCGGCUAUUCCAUCGCCAUAGCCCUCGGUUUCCUCGUUCUCCUCUCCACCAUCCUCCUCGCUUCCUACAUUUGUUGCCGCUCUUCCUCCUCUUCUUCUUCUUCCCCUCGCGCUUUCUCUCCCAACGCCACCGUUGCCUCCGCCUCCGAUGGAAUCAACCUUCCCAGGAUUAUCUUCGUUGCUGAAGAUGACGACAACGAAAACGCCGCCGUGGGGCUUGACCAAGCCGUUAUAAAUUCUUACCCAAAGUUUCAGUUCAGUAAAGAUCGAUCGGCUGCGGUGGAUUCCAGUAAUGUUAACACGACGUGUUCGAUCUGUUUGUGCGAGUAUAAAGAUUCGGAGAUGUUGAGGAUGAUGCCUGAGUGUAGGCACUAUUUCCAUGUUCCUUGUCUUGAUGCUUGGUUGAAACUAAAUGGGUCUUGUCCCGUUUGUCGGAACUCGCCACUACCGACUCCGCUUUCUACACCUUUGUCGGAAGUCGUUCCUUUGUCUCAAUACGCUGCGGAUCGAAGGAGUCGAAGGUGACUUAUCGUUUUUAGUGGUUGUUUUCCGGUUGUGUUUUUUGGGUUGUUUCAGUCAAAGAGAGUAAAUUUGUAUAUGCAUAAUUGCACAAAUUUUUGUUUUUUGUGGUGUUUAUUUGACAGAGAAACAUUGAUUUAACUGCCAUGUUGCUUUGGUUCCCCCUUA